UACGAUACCGAGGCGGUGAGUGGGUAUGAUUGAGUCCCAUUAGAUGCCAAAGUAAACAAAGAGUGACAGGUUAUGCCAUGGAAGUGUUAGAUCCGUAUGCUAGUUAUCCAUAAUUGCUGUAUUGUAUGUACAUGGUUAUCCCGUCAUUCACUACACGCCCCGGUGUGACUGACUACAAGGAUCUACAAUUAAGCUCCCAACGUAAAAAGUUAUCGAGCAAAAAGUCGCCGGAAUGUCGACGAGAAGCUUACGAGAAGUCAUAUAAACGUCAAAAUAAUCAAGACACCAAACCUAUUUGUUGAGAGGGAAAAAGCUCGAGAACAAAAGACAAACUAGGGAAAAUAAAACGAUCAGCGCAUAACGACAACAUGGCCGAGACUAAUAGGAUACACUUUAACGAAGAGGCGUCAACGUACGACUCCAAACAUGGUAAGCUUAACGAGCGCCUAACGGAAGAGAUCCAAGCCCGAUUGGACUGGAUCGGCGUCGACUGGGCCAGCGACGACGAAGACGACGAAGACGACGACGACGAUAGCGAUGAAGAGGCAGAACAAAAGCCUACCCAAUCUCGUAGGGAAGUACGGUUGCUUGACUAUGCAUGCGGGACAGGCACAAUGUCGAGAGCAUUAGCUCCUUAUACGACUCAAAGUGUUGGUAUCGAUAUAUCAGAAAAUAUGGUUGCAGCGUAUAACUCACGUGCUGAGAACCAGGGCUUAACUCGCGAUGAGAUGCAUGCCGUAGUGGGAGAUCUCGCAGCGGCAGAUGGGCCGCAGCCUUCGGAACUUUUCGCAGACUCGCGUUUCUUCGGAUUCGAUCUGGCGACUGUCGGGGGUGGGCUCCACCAUUUCGCGGACCCGGAGCUGGCUGCCGACCGCCUCGUCGAACGUCUACGUCCCGGUGGCGUCUUACUGGUCUGGGACUUUCUACCGCACGGGCCUCACCACGGACUUAAUGCGCAUGCAGUCUUACAUCACGGUCUCUCCGAGGAAAGGGUCCGAAAAAUGUUCGAGCAUGCCGGAGCCGGAAAAGGCUUCUCUCUCCAAGUACUCGGCUCCGGCCUCAUGCCCGGCCAUUACGCGCAAGAGGGCAAGGAGCUUAUGAAGAGACAAAUAUUCCUGGCUAGAGGAGAGAAAGCUGCAUAAUUGCAAUACCUUAAUAAGCAUUGAGGAAUUGGCGUUUUAUUUUUAUUUUUAUUUUUGAAUAAGCAUAUUGGGACGAUGCACCCUCAAUUAUUCGACCAUGAAGCAAUACCCAAAUAUAGUGCUAUGAUUAGUCUACUCUGUGCUAAUUAAAUUCGGAAUAUAUAUAUAUAGGGCCA